UGCGGUUGGUGAUCCAGCUAGAAGGGGAGGAAGGGGGGGGGGGGAAGGGGAAGGGCUGGGGGGACCAGGGAGGAAGAGGAAGGGGGGAGCAUGAUGAAGACGACAAGGAAGAAGGGGGGGGCCGCGUUUGCGGAGACCCCUCCCGCCAUCCGGGAAUUUGUGGAGAGGGUUUUGAGCACUCCGAUGGAAAGCAUAGCUGGCUCGUUGUCCGGCUUCACGUGGACUUACGAGAAAGGAGAUAUCAAUCAUUGGUUAGACCUGCUGUCACACUUCGACGCUUACUUCGAGAGGCAUGUGAAACCGAGGCCCGACCUACGUCUCGAGGGCGCGCUCGAAGAAGUGUCGGAACCUUUCCCCAAAGAGGCCGUGCUACAGAUACUGCGGGUGACUACCAUCAUUCUUGAGAAUUGUUCCUUCAAGGAAGUUUCUCUGUCGUACGAGCACGUGACUCUUCUUCUCGCCUCCGUCGAUGCGGACGUGGUCAUCGCGGCGUUGCAAAUGCUCGCCGCUCUCGUGAGGAAGAAGCCCUCGCAUCACGUGUUGAGGGGUCCCAGGGUGCCAUUCGGCGAUGGCGACCUGCACGCUCGGUUGUUCUCGUUAACGCAGGGAUGGGGCGGGAAGGAAGAAGGUCUUGGAUUGCUCUCGUGCUCCGUCGAGGGAGGGCUGGAUGCGGAACCCGUGAGACAGGGUUCGUCUUUGCAUUUCGAGUUCUACACCCUCCCAUCAUUGCAAGCUUCAGGUGGGGGGGGGUCUUCCUCAUCCUUAAUGGACAAGUCAGAUACUGGCUCUAGGGUAAACGAGGGCCCGCAACAUCAGGACACGCCCGGGCUGCGUGUCAUUGCUGUCGACGAUGUGCGCCAGGUUCCUCAGAAUGACCUGGAACUACUGAAGCAGCUCGUCAGUCAGUAUCAGGUCCCGCCCAGUCUUCGGUUUGCUCUAUUCACUCGUCUCAGAUUCGCUAGGGCGUUCGGUUCUCUGCCAUCCCGUCGCCAGGUCGUUAAGAUUCGUCUUCUUGCGUUUACGGUGCUGCUGCAGUCGCAGCAGGGCCGCGGGGAUCAUCAUCAUCAGCAGGACAUGGCAGCGUUUUUCACGAACGAGCCGGAGUUUACGAACGAGCUGGUGAGCGUGCUGCGCGCCGAGGAUGUGGUCCCGGAGAUUCGAACCCUCGCGGUGUACGCGCUGGCGGGGUUGUUGCAGGAUCGAACGCAACAGGCGACGGUGCUGAAUGUGCUCAGCGGCGGAGGGCAUCGGGGAAUACUGGCGCGGUUGAUGCAGAAGGCUGUGGGGUCGUUGAAUAAUGGCACAGCUGCACGCGGGGAUCAGCUUGGAGAGAGGGCGAGGGAGGAGGGCGGACCACCGGUCGUCGUCGGAGGGGAUGCCAGGUCGUCCCGGGCGUUCGUCGAGGCUUUGCUGUGUUUGGUUACGGCAUUGGUGGCGACGCCUUCGGGUCGCUCGUCGCUGCGCGACGCCGCGGGGCUGAUUCCCACUCUGUUGCCUCUGCUCAAAGACACGGAGCCGUCGCACACACAUCUUGUCAGUGCGGCAGUUCACAUACUCGAGGCGUUGAUGGACCUUAGCAAUACCGCAUCGACGGUGUUCAGAGACUUGGGAGGCUUGGACGAUACCGUGGAGAGGCUGAAGUAUGAGGUGGAGCUGGAGGUGGCGGCCGCAGAUCGACGCCGACGGGCGAUGGAAGUCGCUGCGUCGCAGAGCUCUAAGGGUAAGGCGCCGAUGGUGGAGGAUACCGAGAACGAGUUGGAAAGCAGAGUGCAAAGAGGAGCACAACAGGAUGAGAACGCAGCAGCAGCAGCCAUCGAGGCUAUCGACGAUUUCGGUGGCAGUGGGUAUGCUGCUGAUGCAGCAGGUGCUGCGGGCGUCGGAAGAGGGCCACCUUCGGCCGCGGCGGCAGAGGGGACUACUGUACCCCCCCCCCCUGCGUCGCAUUCCCAGCGUCUGGUACUGCUAAAGGUCCUUUUGCGAGCGAUCGCCCUCGCCAAUUACGUGCCGGGGAAUCGAAAUACGUCGAGGUUGUUGCUCGGCAGCAACAGCGGGCUGUUGCCAGCGUGUCUGAGGAAGAUAUUUGAACACGCGGCGGACUUCGAGGGCGGGGUGUUUUCGCUCGCAGCGUCCGUGAUGGGCGAUUUGAUACAUCAAGAUCCGACCUACUACUCUUCUCUCGACGCCGCGGGUCUGCCCAAGGCCUUCCUGGACUCUAUAGCAGGCGGUGUCAUCCCGUCCUCAGAGGCCAUCUGUGCUAUUCCUAGUGCUCUCAUCGCGCUGUGCCUUAAUAACUCGGGGCAGCAGGCGGUGAAGGACAGGAAUGCGCUGGGUUGCUUCGUGACCAUAUUCGUCUCCAAAGCGUACUCCAAGGCGUUGGCUGGGGACACGCCGUCGGUACUGGGGGCGGGACUAGAUGAGUUGAUGAGGCACGUGCCGUCGCUCAGGGGCACUGGAAUCGAUAUGGUAAUCACGUUGCUAAAGAAGAUUGCAGUGUUGGGGGGGGCGCCGGCGGAAGAAGUGGGCGUAGAAGAACUGUCCCCCGCGGGCGGGGCGAAGAGUAGUGGGGGUGGGGGUGGCGGUGGCGGGGGCGGCAGUGGGGGGGAGAUCCCUCUCCCUGCCCCAGCCCCCUCUUCCGUCGCAGACGAGCCGGACACCGCGGUGCCUAUGGAGGCCGAAGGAAUGGAACAAGAAGAAUCCUCUGCCCAAGCGGCGCCCACUCCCUCUGCAGUCGAUGUCGCCCCCCCUGCUGCCGACGCCGGGGCAGCGGAAGGAGGCGCGGAAGGAGGCGCGGGAGGAGUAGAGGCACCAGCAUCAGCCUCAGAAAGCCCCGACGGCGAGGGAAGUGCCGUCCCGUUGACACUGCAUCCCGCAGCCGACGUGUCUCCGAUGCAGACGAUCGAAGAAGAUCUUCCUGGGACCACCGCAAACGCGGUUGUAAUGCCAGUGGCAUCGUCUCAGGAUCCCAAGGAGCAGCGGGAGGCCGAGAAGUUUCUUGUUGAUUGCAUCAUCAACACUGUCCGAAUGUUGGAGUCCAUGUUAUCGACGGCCGACAGCAGUCGUGCUUUCGUCGAACGAGAGGGGAUCGAGGCCUUGCUGAGAUUAUACACUCUGCCGUUGCUGCCUCUGUCAUUUGGAGGAUCAUCGGACGCGCAGCACGUAGCAGCCGCGUUUCGUGCGGUGUCGAGUCAUGCGCAGGAGACGACGAGAGCAGCGUGUGCCGCGGCGUUGAAAAAGCAUCUGAAGCAAGCCGUUGAAGUCGUGAGGAGCCUGAAGGGGAAGAGGUUGGCGGAGAUCCCGUCGAGCGCUGAGAGGGAGGGGAUCGCGAGGUGUUUGUCCGGGACGGAGGGCUUCAUAUCGUUGGCACUAGUGCUCGUGCGACUGAUAGGGAUGAUCAGCGAGAUCGGAGCGGAAGGAGGGGACGUGCUGCAAGACCUAGGGAUUGUGUAUAGGGAGGUGGUGUGGCAGAUAACCUUGUAUGAAGGUUGGAAGGCCGCGGGAGAGCGAAAGGAAGGUGGGGGAGGGGGAGUCGGUGGCGGUGGGGCCGGGGUCGAGGGUGCUGGUCUUGCGGCGGGAGGCCAAGCGGCAACGACGACUGGGAUUGACGCCGGCGUGUCGGCGACGGGAACCGACGGGAGGGAGGAUGAAGCUGCCGAUGCGCUGCCUAUGCUUAGGUACUCCAACAACAACGGUGAUGGAACUUCCUCUAGGGACGGGGGCGGCGGGUCGGCGGCGGCGCACUGGAGCAUGGACCCGGACUUCGUGUCGCCCCCGGCGAUGCUCAUUGCUGCGGACGGAUUGCAUCGGGGAAGGCGCGGGGGUACCCCUGAAGGAGGGGGACCGGACAUGGUGCCGGGUCGAGGCGGAGGCGCUGCUGGCGGACGAGGGGGAGUAGGAGGCGGCGGUCGUAUGCUCGGCGGCAUGCCAACGAUCGGAUCCAGACAUCGAAGGCGGUUGUCAUCACACCUGGAGCCCUCGCAUAUGUUCUUGGACAGCCCGUCUAACGCGUCGUCCUCCUCGGCUUCUACCAUGGACGUCGGCGGUGCUUCCACGAGCGGCGGCGGCGCGGGCUCGAGUAACAGGCCGGCCCUUGCAUCCUCAGUAUAUUACGAGAUGAUGAAGCUGCUGGCGAAGGACGCUCGGUCGCUGCUGGUUCACCUUGGAAAGUCCAUAGCGACCUCGACGAGGAGGCGGGACGACGCAGCGGCGUCGAGGGUGGCGGCCGGACUCGCGAAGAUCUUCGCUGACAGCCUGGCGAUGACUUACGAGACGGAGGUGGGCGUUUCUGUCAGAUGUCAAUAUCUAGGAAGGAUUGUGGAAGACAUGAGCGCCGUGGCGUCCGCCGACACGACCCGGAGGCGAGCUUGUAAUACCGCGCUACUCGGGAGCUUCCAGGGACACGGCGCCAUAAAGCAACUGCUGCGUACUUUCGAGGAGACAUGUCAGUUGCUCUGGAAGGAGGCGGGUUCUGGAGAGGACGGAUCGUCGACCUUGGUCGCUGUGGAUCUUGAGGGGUCGUUGGGCGAUGGUGCUGUGGCAGGCAGUAUGUACGGGAAGAAGAGGAAGUGUGCCUCCACGAGCGAAGGGCUUGAUGGGGCCGAGAUGAUGGACACACCGUCUUCCGCGGAAGCAGCAGCACGGCAGGUAGCCGUCCCGUCGUCCUCGUCUCGGUGGUUGCUUGACACCCUUGAGAGCUACUGCCGUUUUCUGGAGCAGACGGUUGUCGCUGCCUCGCUUAUCACUCAAGGAGGGGGUCCUUCGCAGCUUCAGCACGUGCAGGAAGGAGCCACCGAGCCCUUACCGACGGAUCACGAAGCGUUCGCGAAGCUGCUUCAGUCUCAGGUGCUCGAUGUUGUGAUGCCUGUGUGGAGCCAUCCUCUGUUUCCCCGCUGCCCCGGGCCGUUUGUGUCGUCCGUAAUGUCGAUUCUAACGUGCAUAUACAGCGGCACUGCAGACGGGAAAGGAGGAGGCCUGAAGGGAGGAGUACAUGGAGGAGGGGGUGGUUUGCUGCCGGUGAGAUCUGUGGCACCGCCGCCGGACGAGGCGUCCGUGGGAGUGAUCGUCGAGAUGGGCUUUCCACGUGGGAGAGCGGAGGAGGCGCUCAGACGUGUAGGCACGAACAGCGUGGAGAUGGCUAUGGAGUGGCUGUUCCGCCACCCGGAGGAACCGGCGCAAGGCGGGGAGGAAGACGAGGAGCUCGCCAGAGCUCUGGCCUUGUCCUUGGGAAACGCCGAGGAUGUGGUGCAGCCACCACCGCUCCCAAGGGACGACGCAGGCGGCGUGAACGUCGCCGCCGCUGCUGCUGCUGACACUGGCGGAGACAGCGGCAAAGGCAAGGCUUCAGCCGAGAACGGAGCGGCAAAUACGCAAACUGGAGAUCGCGAAGUUCCCGGCGUCGAGGAAGUCUUGAGGGAGUCCGUGAUGACUCUGCUUCUUGAACACUCCGACGACGUCCCGUUUGCCCUGAGCGACCUCCUUGUCACAUUUUGCUGUCGCAAAGAAGGAGAGGAUCGGAAGAAGGUGGUGACCUUCUUGCUGGAGUUGCUCAAGCAAUGCACGGGCGACGAGGAAGAGGUUGACGAGGACGAAUCGGGCGGAAUAGGGGGGGGAGAGGGGUCUGUCGGUAGCGAGGGCAGGGCGGCGCCCGAGCUCGGAAGCGGUCGUCGGAUCGCGAGCAGGAGUCGGCUGUCUACGUUGACGCACACGCUGGCUCUGCUAUUGUCUGAGGAUGUGGCAUCGCGGGAGCUAGCCGUGGAUGGCGGUCUCGUUCGGAUCGCGCUGGAUCUUCUUUCUGGAUUUGUUGACAGGGACAGAAUGGUCCUCGGAGGGCCGUUGGCGGCCUUCAUGAAGGUGCCCAGGCCAAUCAAGAGCUCCUCAUCCACGUCGUCCACCUCCGUUGGCUGUCUCCUCGAUGGGCGGCUAGGUAUAGGCGAUGCCAGCUCAUUGGCGGCGGCGGCGGCGGCGGUGGCAAGCGAACAGGCCACGACAGGCCCAUCUGGAGCGCCGACGUCGAAUGUGCCGGGAGGAGGGGGGGGGUCCUCAGCGCCGAGGGGAAGCAAUCGGACGGCUGCGGGGGAGCAGCAGGUGGAGACGGCAGGGCCAGCAGGUGGCGAAAUCGGCGGCGGGAAGGGGAAUGAAGUGCUGCAGGAAGGGAAGGGAGGAGUGCUGGAGACGGCUGAUAACAAGCUUCUGAGUGCGCUCGGAAGGUCAGGCGGUUACUUGACGCAGAGUGAGCAACGGGAUGCCAUGUCCGUGUGCUGUGCGCUGCUGGAGUUGGGAAAGCAGCUUUCGCCUUCCGUGUUGCAGGCGAUCCUUCAGCUCUGCGCUCAUCUGACGAAAGGCCACGUGGUCGCUCUGCAGUUUCUCGAAGCGGGCGGGCUGGCGGCGCUUCUCUCUCUCCCAAAGGCGAGCGCGUUCCCAGGGUACGAGACCUUGGCGGCGUCCAUCAUCCGGCACCUGCUGGAAGAUCCUCAGACGCUGCAACAGACCAUGGAGUCGGAGAUCAAGCACACGCUGAUGUCGUUGAUGUCGAGGCAGAACGGGAGAGGAAACGUCCAACCGCGCACCUUUCUGACCGCGUUGGCCGCUGUUAUCUGUCGCGACCCCGUCGUGUUCAUGAAGGCAGCGCAGAGCGCAUGCCAGAUCGAGACGGUGGGGGGACAUCCGAUGGUCGUCCUGGCGAAGGAGAAGGAGAGAUUCGGAGCGGUGGCAGUAGCAACAGCAGCGGGAGCGAGUGGUAGUGGCGUAGAGAAGAAGGACGAACGGGAAAGAGAGAAGCGUGGCGGCGACGCCGCGGGCCCAACAUCGUCAGCGGCGGAGCAUAAUCUGCCCACUCCGACUUCCAAGGACGGUGCUGCUGGAGGGGCAACCCUUUCCGCCUCCGAAGCUGGGUCGUCGGGAUCGAAGUCGACGUCCAAGCUCCCGAGGAAGAUCCCCCACAGCUUCGCCCUCGUCGUAGACACCCUACUGGAAGUCGUCCUCUCGACUCCGUUGGGAGGAGGGGGAGGGGGAGGAGGUGCGCCGAGUGGCGUUACCCCUGCUUCUGCGGCUGCGACGAGCGACAUGGAAGUCGACGACGUGGAUACGACGAAGGUCGUCGGGGCGAAGAAAGGGAAGGGCAAGGUGGGAGAGGGAGGCGAAGGUGAGAGAGCACGAGUUGGGGUGGAUGGGAGCAGAGCGGGUGGGGACGUUGGAACGGGUGUGGCGCGGGUCGCGUUCGCACUGAAGCUCCUGACGGAGAUCUGUCUCAUGUUCUCUUCUGCGGCCACAGUGAUAUUGAGAAGGGACACAGAAACCAGUCAGCAGCUCCGCGGAAACGAAGCCGUCGGAAAUCAGGAAGGGUUCUUGUAUCGUGUUUUGCAUCGCGUUCUUCCUUUCCCCGAGGAUGCGGGAGGCCCUUCGAGCGAGGGAUUAGGUGAGGAUGAGAAGAGGGAGAGAGUGUCGGACAAAGGCAUGCGGUUCCUGAUGGCUCUGUGCGUGCGAUCUAGCGAGGGGCGCAGGCGGGUGGUGUUGGAGAUUGUUCGGGGAUUGCUGGCCGAAGGAAUGGGAGCCGGUAGCGGACCGAUGGGCUGGAACCCCCCCUCAAGGAAAGUGCGCGCUUUUCUUGACCUCGUAUGCCUGCUUCUCUAUCCGCCGCCUCCUUCCUCGAAUGCCACGCAACCACCUGGGUUUUGCUCGGACAUGGCGAAGGCGAUGGUCGAUGCGGGGAUGAUUCCAGCUCUGACGCGGACGCUGCAGGCCACCGAUCUCGAUCACCCUGACACCCUCAAGCUCGUGAACUCCAUUCUGAAGGCUUUGGAGGUGUUGACCCGGCCGGCAGGGACGGCGGACGGCGACAUCCCGGGGGCAAUUUUUGCGGCCGUGGGGAAUGGCGGGGGAGCAUCCUCGACACGGCAUGGUCACACUGCGCUUGCAUAUGGUGAGUCGCAUCGUGCGGCUGAAGCCCCCGCCGGGGAGGAACCCGUGACUUCCGCUGCGGCUGCUGCUGCUGGCCCCGCGGCUGGGGCUCAAGAGGCAUCGGAGUCUGUCGAGCAGGAACAAGCAGGGAGCGGAGGUGCGCCAGGCAGCGGUGCGCUAGAGGAUGCUCGAGGCAAUCAGGGGAGGGGGGGGGAUGGAAGCGGAGGGAAUGCCACGUCGGGUGCGCCUGGAGAGCGGGCGGACGGGGGUGUGGGAAGCCGUAGCGAAAUGCGCGGGGAUGGAGGCUCGGGAGGAGGGGAGGGCGAAGGGGCCGAUACAGCGGUUGGGGAACAGCAACAGCAGCGACGGGAACUGUCUGGAGAUGGCCCUGAACCCGUGGGGUCCUAUCGUAGUCAGCAAGCAGGCGGUGUCGACGCAGCAAUGCUGGACUCCCACCACGGUUCUGCCGACGAAGGCGGUGAUGGCGCAAGGCCUGUCAGUCCCAGGAUGGUGGGAGUGCCAGGAGAGGGAGAGGGGGAAAGGAUGGAUCAGGGAGGCGACGAGACGGAGAGUAUGGACCAGGAUCCCGUGGUGGGCUCCAGGGACGAGGAUGAGUCUCGGGAGCGCGCUGCCGUCGUUGCGGCCGCCAUUAGAGAUGCGGCGGCCAUCAGGGAAGAUGCGGCUGUGGCAGCUGCGGUGGCCGCGUUUAGAUUGCAGAUGGAAGCGGAGAGGGGGGAGGACGUGGAGGAGGAAGACGAGGAAGAGGAGGAGGAGGAGGAAGAGGAGGAGGAGGAACAGGAGGAGGAAAUGCAAGGGGAUGGUGGGGAGGAUGAGGACGAAGACGAAGAAGAAAUGGACGGUGACGAUGGGCUUCCCGCCUCUACUCCUCCGGACACGGACCUCGAGGAUCGCGUGCUUGGGGAAGAAUUCGAAGAUGAAAUGGUCGAGGAUGGCGAUGAGGACGAUGACUGGGUGCACAACAGGGUGAUUGAGGUGAGAUGGAGGGAUAAUAUCACCGGAUUGGACCAUGCACAACUCGUUGAUCUUCCGGGCAUGGGUGGCAGCAUAGGGGUUGCCGGCAAUCCUCUGCCAGUGAAUCUCGAGGACCUCGUGGGUACCAUUCGAAGGGCUAAUGGAAGUGAGCGGCGGAGACCUGGGGCGGCCGCGAUGCGCCCAUCCAGUGGCAGCGGCAGAGUGACCCACGGGGGAGCCUUUCAGCAUGCUCUGCUCCAGAGGCCUCCAUCGAGUGGAUUGGGUGGGCUCGGUAUGCUUGUUCGGAGCGGUGGGGCUGGUAGUCACAUGCGUGACGCUGAUCUGCGUGGGCCCAUUCACGCCGCGGCGCAGCUGUCCAUUUAUGAUUGGCCGGCUCUGCCGGAGCGCGUCCCCGAGACAUUCUACAGACCUGUGACGACGUCGCAGCUGAUAGAUUCCCUUCAUGAUCCAAUGUACUUCGGAGGGAGAGCCACCCGUGUGGAUGGGCGCAUGAGCAGGUGGGCGGAUGCGGGAAUGGCCGAGCACGGGGCGGAGGCCUCGGCUGUCGUGCAGGCCAUGGAGAGCGAGUUCUUGGCGCGUAUGUGUGGAGAGGAGGAUGCAGGGAGACGCACCGCAGAGGCCACACCUGCGACAGCUUCUGGACCUGGUGGUGUUGGCGGAGCGGCCAUCGAAGACAGGGGCGGGAAUGGGGACCCGAGGCCACAAGAAGGUCAGGAGGCAAAGAUGGACGGGGAGGAAAGUGGAGGUGGAGGUGGUGGUGGUGGAAGUGUUUCUGCUGCCGUUCCCAGAGAGUCUGGGGACUCCGAGCCGGCGGCCGCUGGUGCGCAGGAUGCAGGGAAUCGAGACGAGGAAUUGGAAGAUGCGGGGGUGCAUAUGGAAGACGAACCGCAAGAGCUGCAGCCGCGGUCACAGCGAGAAGGGGGGGAAGACAGACAGGAAGGAGGGAGCGAGGGAGGGAUGAUGGAGCCAGGCGGUGCUGAUGAGGUGGCCCGUGCAGAAGAAGGUACCUCUGCGGGAGACAUUGAGUCCGAUUGCCCUAUGAGAGCUGCCGGUGUGGAUGACGAUGUCCAGAUGAGAGAUGAUCGUAGGGAAAUUGAAGCGACGGCCGAUGUCAGUGGUGACAGUGGGGCCACGACGAUGGGAGAAAGUCUUCGCAGCCUGGAGGUCGAGAUUGGCAGCGGAUAUGGCGAGGAUGAUGGGGAUAGACAUGUAGGGAUUGCGAUAGGAGUGUCUGAAGGAUUGGGCGGCGACGGAGACAAUUGCCCAGCGGUGAGUGGAAUGGGGUCGGAGCCCCGCAGAAGCCAGGGUGAAGAUGGCCAGUCUGCAGAAGCAAGGGCUAGAAGAGAGGGCACCGGCGGUGGUAGUGGUGGUCGGCAGAGCGACUCCAGUGAAGAAGAGAGGGCCGUUAGCUCCCUUGGUGACGAAGAGGGCGGAAGGGCAUCGCCCAUGAGAGGCUCCGAGGGAGCUUCUGGGGCGCCUUCAGUCAAUAUGGAGGGCGGUGGCGGUGUGGAGUGUCCCAUGUCCGUCGUGGAGCCAUCAGUUCUGAGUGCAGAGCCUGGCCGUCCGGAGGGGGAGGUGGCUAUGGAGGGCACUCCCUCUGAAGCCGUGGCUGGCUCUGCAGGUCUGCCCGCUGCUACUGGAACAGGAAACGAUAAUCCUGCUGAGCAGCAGCAGGUUCUGAAUGGCAUUGAUCCCACUUUCUUGGAGGCCUUGCCUGUGGAACUUCGCCAUGAGGUCUUGACUAUGCAGCAACAGCAAGCUGCCGCUAUGCAUGCACCGGCAGCUCCUGUGACAUCUCCACCCGCAGUCAUUUCGGAAGAUCUUGAGAUGGGAGAGCUGGAUCCGGAGUUCCUCGCUGCCUUGCCGCCGGACAUUCAGGCAGAAGUCCUUGCGCAACAGAGGGCCGCUGCCAGGGCUCGACAAAUUGAACAGGACAGCGGAAGGCCAGUGGAUAUGGACAGUGCAUCCAUCAUUGCCACUUUCCCGGCGGAGCUGCGAGAGGAGGUGCUUUUGACGUCCUCGGAGGCUGUCCUAGCUGCACUGCCGCCGGCUCUGUUAGCAGAAGCGCAAAUGCUGCGGGAACGCCAUUACAAUCAUCAGUACAAUUCCCGGAACCUCUUUGCUCUGGGACGGGUGGGAAGGAGAACGAGUAAUGUGGGCGGACUCGGAGCAAUGAACGGGUCAGCUUCGUCUCUUGAUCGGGUGUUUGGCACAGGCGCUCUGGGUGGGGUGCGCAGGCUUGGUGGGAAUGGUGUGGGAUCGAGUGGGAAGGUGAAGGAUGUGGAGGGAAGGCCUUUGAUGGAUGUCGUGGCGCUGAAGGCUGUGCUCCGACUCACGUGGCUCGCGCAAUCCCUGGUCAAAGGCUUGCUGCAAAAGCUGCUGUUGAACCUGUGCUCCCAUGGUGCAACCCGGACGACCCUCCUGCUUCUCCUGCUGGAUAUGUUGAAGCCGGAAGUGGGGGGCCGGUCGCCUGGUGAGGAGGGCAUGCCCCCGGAGCGGUUGUAUGGGUGCCAGCCUAACGUUGUUUAUGCUCGAAUGCACGCCGUGCCUCCUUUGGUGUCUGGGCGAGUGCUGGAAGUUCUCACGUCUCUUGCGAAAUGUCAUCCCCGGGUUGCUCGCAUGUUGCUAUACUUGGACCCCUCGGAGACCACCCUUCCACAGCAGCUGCCUCCACCGGCAGCAUGGUCCGCACUUCCUCCCUCCUUGCGGGCAGCGGAUGCCCGGAAAGACAGGGGGAAGACCAAGGUCAGUGAGGUCUCGCCCAUGGCAACACCACAUGAACGACAGAGGGAGGGUGAGGUUCCCUUGGUGCUUCUUCUCAAACUUCUGGGGCGACCUCUGUACUCUAGGUCGACUGCUCAUCUCGAGCAGGUGAUGGGUCUUCUGGAAGUGGUUGUGAGGAGCGCUGGAGUGAAAGCAGUCGAUGCUGGAACAGGGCCAGGGAGAGGGCGGGCAGAUGGAGAAACCGGAAGAGCUUCAAGAGGGCAGACUGCCGAAGUUGGUGAGGCACCAGCAAUGGUGACCAGAGGAGUGGGGCGUGGGGAAGAUGAGAGCACCGGAGAACCGUCUGUAGCGGCAGAGAGUGCCAGGCAACCAAUGUUGGAGAGAACAGUUCGUGCAGGAGAGGUCAGGGAUGGUGGACUGCCCGCAGGGGCAGAGAAAACGCAGGCCCGCUUAGAGUCUGAUGUCGGCCCCUCGUCAUCUGGAAAGAGGGACGAGAUUGACGCUGCUUCGAUCUUGCAAAGUUUGCCGAAACCGGAACUCCGUCAGCUUUGCCACCUUCUUGCACGUGAGGGGUUGUCGGAAUCAUCUUAUGCGAAAGUUAUGACAGUGGUGAAGCUUCUGGCAGAUGCUGUGUCCUCUCACCAUCAACUUUUUGUCGAGGAAUUGGCUGCUGUGGCACAGAGCAUGAGCGGUCCUGCAGUCGCAGAACUCCAAGUGCUGGGUGAUGCUGGCCCCGGUGCGGUAAGCACGGCGUCUACAGCAGGAGCUGCUGUGUUGCGGGUGCUGCAAACCCUGACAGCACUGAUCUCCACGCCUGGGGGGCGCACGCCCAAGGCAGCUGAUGACAAGGAGGAAGAACAAGGUGGUCACCAUAGUGCGAAGGAAGAAGGCUUGUUGCUUGCACAACACUUGAAUCGGGGCCUGGAAACCCUAUGGCAGGCACUGUCGCAUUGCAUGUCCAAACUGGAAGGAAGGCUUAGCCAAACUCUCCUUGCUGGAGCCACUUCUGGAAGUUCGGGGAUGGCACCGUCGACCUCAGCGCUGGUAGAUGUUCCAGGUGUCGCUGGCAUGGGGUUGGCAUCCGGUGGAACCGGUGUGGCUGUACCUCCGCUGCCGCUGGGCACAAGCAAUGUCCUGCCGAUGGUGGAGGCCUUCUUUGUACUGUCUGAGAAAGUCCGGGAAGGUGUGCCCCUGUCGGAGGCAAGUACGAGUGCAGGUGUUGCUUCUGCUCCAGUGGUAAAGGAGGAAACCGGCCUGGGCAGCUCUGGAGGAGCUGUAUCGCGAUCAGGGGAAGUGGGGAUGUAUUCAGCUGCACCGAGCGAUUCACUCGCAGGUGGUGGCAUGUCCUUUGUCCGAUUUGUGGAGAAACAUAGGCGGCUGCUGAAUUCGUUUGUGAGGCAAAAUCCUGCCCUUCUCGAGGGCUCGCUGUCGUUGUUGCUGAAGACCCCGAGACUGAUUGACUUUGACAACAAGCGUGCAUACUUCCGAUCGAAAAUGAGACAGCUUCACGAGCAACAACAUUACGGGUCUUUGAGAAUCACAGUUCGGCGGGCAUAUAUUUUGGAGGAUUCGUACAACCAGUUGAGAAUGAGAACUCCAGAAGAGCUCAAGGGCCGUUUGACAGUGCAGUUCCAGGGGGAAGAGGGUAUUGACGCAGGCGGGCUGACGAGAGAAUGGUAUCAAGUGUUAUGUCGGGUGAUAUUCGACAAGGGUGCGUUGCUGUUCACGUCGGUGGGAAACGAGUCGACGUUCCAGCCGAACCCGAACUCGUGUUACCAGACAGAACACUUGUCGUAUUUCAAGUUUGUGGGGAGGGUUGUAGCGAAGGCAUUGUUUGACGGGCAGCUUCUUGAUGCCUACUUCACUCGCUCGUUUUACAAGCACAUUCUCGGCGUGAAGGUCACCUAUCAUGAUAUUGAGGCGAUAGAUCCGGACUACUACAAGAACCUGAAGUGGAUUCUGGACAACGUCGUAAAUGAGAAUCUGGGACUUACGUUCUGUGUGGAGGCGGACGAGGAGAAGCACAUCCUGUACGAGAAACAGGAAGUGACUGACUAUGAGUUGAUCCCCAGUGGGAGGAACACCUUGGUGACGGAGCAGAACAAACACCAGUAUGUUGAUCUUGUGGCGGAGCACCGCAUGACGACGGCGAUUAGACCCCAGAUCAAUGCAUUCUUGGAGGGUUUCCAUGAGCUGAUCCCGAAGGACUUGAUCUCCGUUUUCAAUGAUAAAGAACUAGAGCUGCUGAUCAGUGGUCUGCCUGAGAUUGAUAUCGAAGAUCUCAGGGACAACACUGAGUACACUGGCUACACUGCCGCUUCACCGGUUGUGCAGUGGUUUUGGGAGGCGGUUCGAGCCUUCAGCAAAGAGGAUAUGGCCCGCUUGCUGCAAUUUGUCACAGGGACCUCCAAGGUGCCACUUGAGGGUUUCAAAGCCCUGCAGGGAAUAUCAGGACCGCAGCGGUUCCAGAUUCACAAGGCCUAUGGAGCGCCUGAAAGAUUGCCUUCUGCACACACGUGUUUCAAUCAGCUCGAUCUGCCAGAGUAUUCAUCGAAGGAACAACUUCAGGAGCGGUUAUUGCUGGCAAUCCAUGAAGCCAGUGAAGGGUUUGGCUUUGGUUAAGGCCACUCCUUGAUGCAGAGCUGUUUGGAGCGUUGUCGCCCAAUUAUGAUCUAUCGGUUCGCCGCGGACGUGAUCUAGAUACUGGCCUUCCCUGCUAGUGUUGUGUUCAGGUGUUUGGGGGCGGGAGGUGUCUCUCUGCCGGUGCUCUGUCUAUCCUUCACGGGGGCGUGCACCAUUCUCCAGAUGUCGCAACCGUAGCCCAUGGGUUGAGGUAAGGGGUAUAACUUCUUUCGCUUGGACCAGCCCGAAAAUCCAGCCUGGUGCAGCAAACUUCUUGCUCCCUGAUGGUUAGGCGCUUGGUCUAUUUUUAGCCUGGUGGAAUUCCUGUGCGGAGGAGGGAGGCUGGCCACCUGUCCCUUUUAUGAAUAGGUCAGGUGAGCAGUUUCUGUGGAUUCGCUUCAACAGCAGUGCGACGUGCUGCCAGGAAGCUGCUGCUUCAGUCUGUUGCUUCAGUCUGUUGCUUCAGUCUGUUGCUGCAGUCGUAAAAGGAUGGUGCAGCAGGCAGACCUGUGUAAAGAUUCUGUAAUGCAUGGAUGAGCAGAAGAAAGUCACGUGGCUUGUGAGAAUGAGCUGGGGGACAAGGAAAAGCCGAGCUCGUCUCCAGGGUGGGUAUUGAAAAUUGACACGGCAGUGACAGUUUGGGGCUGUGAUUCGUCUCUCCAGUCUACGUAAAGCUCUCCGUGACCUUUCCCAUUAUAGGUCCUGAUUCCUCCCUCUUAGGUGGGCAAACUUGCAGAUGGGUUGGCGCAGCUUUCUUGAUGGUACUCUGUAGCUCCUUGUGCAGUGAGAUUGUAGUCUUGACCUGCUGAAAUGUUGCGACUUGUUUUCUUCCCCGGCAGUUUCAUAACCUCCUCUUCUCAGUUGUAGCUCGCCUGGAGCAUACAGAAUGAAGAAGCCGUGAUAGCUUCCGCACGAGGAUGACGUCCCUCCCUGUCCCGCCUGCUAUGCUUUAGACGCAUACCUUCGUCUAGAGAGGCACCCAGAGAGGUGCAAAUGAAUGUUUGCCUCCCUGUCCUCCUAUCGCAAUCUUAAGGGAUUGCUACUUGAUGAUGACCGGUGGGGUUUCUGGUGCUGCUGUUGAUGCUUAUUGUGGCAUUGGAGUUCGACUCGCGUCACUUUGGGAGGAAGGGUGUGGGAUCAGGCUCUGUCUCUCUGUUUGUCUGUACAGCACAUAGAGGCUGUUGCGCCUGGGGUGUAGCACUGAAGUAGUUAUGUGGCUCAGCAGCUUGGAGGCCCUGGGUGGGCGCAGGCUCAGCAGGCCCAGAGAUUUUCUUCCUCUACCUGGUUGUUUAUGGUUUGUGAUCGCUAGAGGACUGGUGCUUAUGUGGGAUGGAUAUCAUGCUCCAAUCAGAAUGACCAUUAUUGGGAUGUGCUGCUUAUAUUCUGCUAUAUACUGUGUGAUGGAUCUCUGUUGCAAGGCACGCUUGUUAUGAUUGCUGCAAGCAAAAAAAAAACUGUAGCUUUGGUGUUUUGUGACGCACAUGGCGACAGUUCCUUUCUCACGGGUCGCUUUUGAGAUUCAGAAGAUGAGGCAAGGGGCACACAUCACGCAAUCAAAAUCGAAGAUUUCACAGAUCGUUCAAUUCAGUGGAAGAAACUCUGCGGAGAAGAGAAAGGCUACGAAGCUGUUGAGGAGGGAGGUUUGGCCGAUGACCUGUUUUCUUGGGGAGGUUCCCGGCCUGGCCUUAUGUGCCGCAGAUCUUUGAUCUGUAUUAAAGUCCAGCUCGUAGAUGUGGAACGUGCGUGUGAUGCAAGACAGGUGGACUUAUAAGUCUCCGCCGCAGAUCCUUUUUAAUAAUCGAGGAGCAGGAUUGGGGGGCGGGGGCUGUCUUCAUGUUUGUUCGUUUGUUUGUUUCUUUGUUUGUUUUGUUUGUUUUAUUCUUUUCUGUUUUGUUUGUUUGUUUGUUUGUUUGUUUGUGUGUGUGUGUGUGUGUGUGUGUGUGUGUGUGUGUGUGUGUGUGUGUGUGUGUGUGUGUAAGGGCAGUAGUUGGAUGAAUAGAGGCACCAAGAUAAUGGGAGCGUCUGUUGCAAGAUGCCCUGAGGAGCAGGCUCCAUGGAUUCUUCCCGUGUGUACCUGGAAGCGUAGCUUGAAUUAGACCUGCUUAUUUGUAAUGACGAGAAGUGACAUAAUCCGAACCGGGACUAGCAUGCCAGAGGAAUGUACUCUGUUGCAAAGCAUGGAGGAGACAGCUAGGAUGCACUUGGUCCUCCGGCUUUGUUGAGUGUGUGUGAUCAAAUCAAUUUCGAAAUGCACU